CGGGUGGCCGGGACGGCUGUGCGGGUCGGGUGGAGGUCUUUUUCCGCGGCACGUGGAGCACGGUGUGCGACAGCACGUGGUACGAGAUGGAGGCCAAGGUGCUGUGCCACAGCCUGGGCUGCGGCCCGCCCCUCCGGCGACUCUUCUUCCCCCACACCUUGCCCAGUAGGAUGGUCUACGAGUGCCAGAACCUCCAGCCCUCGCUGGCCCACUGCUGGUGGGCUUACAAUAAAUCAGCUCCUUGCCACCAGUCCCAGGCGGUCGGCGUGGUCUGCAACGGCUCCCAGGGCUUGCAGACACCCACCCCGGUGGCCACAGUGACACCGAGCAACGUCACCCUCCUGAGAGCCGAGGAGGGGUCCCUGGCAGCGGGGGGACAGUCCCCCCUCUACAUGCCCCUCUUCAUCCUCUGCCUGGUGCUGAUGGUGCUCCUCCUCCUCACUGUCCUGGCCUUCACCACCGCCCUGCUGAGGGUGAGGAAGAUGAGCGCCCACGCCGUGUCCUCCCCCGGGCUGGCUGGGCCGGUCCUGGUGACCCACAGCAUCCAGAGCCCUGACGUGCCCUCCGGGACCUCCAACGACUACAGGGAGAUGCCCACCAGCCUUCCCAAAGGACCAGACCCACCGGUCACGGACCUUCCCAGCGCCAAGGACUCCGACUCCGACUACGAACACUACGAUUUCAGCAGCAAGCCACCCGUGGCCCUCUCCACCUUCUAUAAUUCCCUGCGCCAACAUCCCGGGGACCAGUCGCUCCCGUUGAUGCCCAACCAGGAUGGGAUGGAGCCGUUCCCUACAAGGGUGCCAGCCAGGCUGGGCCCCCCAUCCCGCAGCAGGGCGAGCAGCUCUUCCAGCUCCUCCUCUUCCUCCGCUGAGCCCUACUGCAACCACAGCGCGGCCCCCCCUCACGCCUGGGUCUGCCCCCAGCCCCCCGAGGAUGGCACCCACCCGCACGCAGCACCCAUCACCCACGGCUACGACAACUAUCCUGGCACAGAGCCAUGCCUGCCCGCCCCAGUGCUGUCCCACCCCUGGACACCCGUGUCUCCAGCAGAGCCCCAUCCCGCUGACAGCUCCAGCACCUCCUCGGGGGAGUGGUACGAGAACGUGCAGGACAAGGAGCCACCCGGGGACCCCUCCUCACACCCCGGCUGGCCAGGUCCCUCCUGUCCCUUGGGGGGACACGCACAGGAGCCCGACUCCUCCGACGGCAGCGAUUACGAUGACAUCCAGGGCUCUGCCUACUGAGGCUGCCCCAUGGACCACAGGGACGUGGCCAAGGGGGGGGACAUGGCACUGCCAACAUCUCUGGACUUUCCCAGCCACCUCCUCCGUGCCGGGGUGGGGGGACGUGUCCCGGUGUCACCCGGGGGGACACUCUGCACAG